UCCCAUCUCACAGACUGACCCACAUCCAGCACAAAGGACUACAACUGCUGACUCUGAUAACCCAGAUCAUAUCAUCCGCCAGCAGCACUGCAGUGGGAAAAUAAAUAAAUACAUAAAUAAAAUGACACAGAAAAAGGUUGCACCAACAGUCCAAACUGUUGAAGGAAACAUGCCUCCAAGCUAUGAAGAGGCAAAUGCAGGAUGUCCUGGUUACUACUAUGGUGAAGGAACUUUUUCCUGGGAUGACAUGUAUAUUAGACGAGUUUUUAUACGAAAGGUUUAUUCGAUUCUGAUGCUGCAGCUCUUUUCAACAGUAGCAGUUAUUGCUCUCUUCACAUUCUGUGCUCCAGUGAGGAUGUACAUUCAAACACAUCCUGUUUUAUACUCCUGGUCCAAUCUUCUGUUUCUUGUCACAUAUAUCUCAUUGGCUUGCUGCGGUGAUUUGAGGAGGCAGUUUCCAUGGAAUCUUAUUCUUCUUACAAUCUUUACUCUGAGCAUGGCUUGCAUGUUGGGUUUUAUCUCUAGUUUCUACAACACCAAGUCUGUAGUGCUGUGCAUUGGCAUCACUGCCACAGUGUGUCUGUGUGUCACCAUCUUCAGCUUUCAGAGCAAGAUUGAUAUCACCUCUUUCCAAGGUCUUCUCUUCAUUCUGUGCAUGGUCAUGUUUUUCUGUGCUAUUGUCGUGGGAUUUGUGGUUCCCUUUGGUUAUGUUCCCUGGUUACAUGCGGUCUAUGCCAGCAUAGGAGCUGUUGUCUUCACGAUGUUUCUCGCUUUUGAUACACAGCUGCUGAUGGGGACCAAGCAAUAUGCAAUGAGUCCUGAAGAAUAUAUCUUUGCAACACUCAGUCUCUACCUGGAUAUUGUGUACUUGUUCACGUUCCUGCUGCAGUUGUUUGGUAAUGGGACAGAAUGAGCCAUAGAUUUGUCGUAAUAUUGUCCGUCAUGUACAAUAUCGAUAGCUAAUGUUUCAAACUGUUCUGCAACCUCAAUGUUUUUAGAACAACACGUUGCCUUUUAUUUAUUGUUAGUUUUAAAGUAAAUCAACUUUGUAAGAAUGUUUUCUCAGAGACUGAAAUAUGUACUACAAGAGUUAUGCAAAGGUCAAAGUCAAAAACUUUUCAUGUGACUGACUAAAUCAAUCUGACUAUAUGCUGCACCUAAACAUGUGUAAGGAUUAGUUUUAAAAUCAAAUUAAAAUUAAAGUACAAUUACAAAUUAAGAUUAAAAAUGUCCAUCAAACCUAGGCUUUUAUCAUGAACUACUGGCUUAAAAUGAGCUAGAAAAAUUAAGGCAUUUUGCUUAUGACAAAUUAUUUUGUUUAUAUUACUCUUGUGUGUCAAUGACAAUUUUCACUCAGCUGGUUGUUGAAAGUUCAGAUAGAUGAGUUUAUAUUAAAGGGGUCAUAUGACGUUGCUAAAAAGAACAUUAUGUUGUGUAUUUGGUGUAAUGC